AUGGCGAUGGUGGUGGUAAUGAUGGUGGUUGUUGGUGGUUGUAGUGGUGGUGGUAAUCGUGGCAGUGGUGGUAGGGGUGGCUGCGGUGGUGGUGGUUGUGAUGGUGGUGGAAGUGGCGGUGGGGGCGGUGGCGGUGACAGUGGCGGUGAUGAUGGCUGGGGUGGGGGUGGUGGUGUCAGCGGCGACAACGACGAUGGUGGUGGUAGUGUUGGUAGUGAAGGUGGUGGUGGCCGUGACGGUGGUUGUGGGGGUGGUGGUAGAGUUGGUCGUUGUGGGAGUCGUGAUGGUGGCUAUGGGGGUGGUGGUGGUGGCGGCGAUGACGGUAGUGGUGGUGGUGGUUCUGGUGGCGGUGGGGGUGGGGGCGGCAGUGGUGGUGGUGUCGGUGAUCGUAGUGGUGGUGGGGAUGGUGAUGUUUGUGGUGGCGACGAUGGUUGCGGCAGCGGCAGAGGUUAUGGUGGGUGUGGUUGUGGUGCGGCGGCGGCUGUAGUGGUGGUGGUUUUGGCAGUGGUAGUGGUGGUGGUAGUGGUGGUGGUUGUGGUUGUGGUGGUAGCGGUGGCAGCGGGGGUGGUGGCUGUAGCGGCAUAG